AAACUUCCUUUUUUUUCAACAAAAACAUAUCCAAUUCGACUGAAUUCCAUUCGAAUUUCGAACUCUAACAAUCAAUCAAAAUGGAUGCUGACGACGCUUCAAAUUUCGAAUAUAUCCCAGAAGUUGAGCAGAACUAUAGCGAGGCUGAGACAGAAGCAGCUUUGAAGUUUCUCAAAGAGCAAGAUCUGCCGAUGUCGGAACUCUAUUAUGCGCUAAAGUAUGUUCGCCUGGCAAAUCGCGAUCUGAAAUCCGAACAGAAGUUCAAGGAAAUAGAAGAACGUCUGAAAAAAAUUGCGUGAAGCGGAUAUUCCUAUGGUAUCGCCACCAUCAUCGGACUAUGAAUGUGAAGAUUAAAGUUGUUUGUAAUGAAUAACAUAAUAAAAUGAAUUAAGCAAUAA